AUGAAAAAAUUGAAAUAAUUGCCACAAUAAUAAUAAUCAAUGAGACGAUCAUCGUCUCUUGUAACAGUUCAACCUCAAAUAGAAAUAAUACAUUUUGAAAAAAAUGCUUCACUUACUCAAAGUACCUUCUUUAAAACAUUUACUGAAAUGCCUUAAAUGUAUUAAUUUGAUUGAUAUAGGGCUGCAUUCACACAUUAAGUCUCAAGAAUACCAUCUCCAAAGGAAAGAUUGUAAGUUUAGUUAUAACACAAUAAAAAAUAAAGAGAAACCAUUAUAAAUUAAAGUAGAGAAAGAUAAGAAAAUGCUAUGACUGAAGCUUUAUCUCUAACUCAAAAGACGAAAUUUAGAAAUUAUUAAAAACUGAAGCGUAGAGAUCAAUCACCAAAAAAGGCAAUGGAAUUAAAACCAUAAUAAAAAGGUUUAUAUUAUUGCAAUAUAAUUAGUGUUCCAGCUUCCUAAAUUGGAUGCACCCAUAGAAUAAAUCAUGGAUACUCCUACUCAACUUACUUUCUAUUUCGAAUCUUAAAGACUCACAAGAGAUAUAAGAACAUUCAAACCAUCAUUCACAGAACAAGCUGCAUUUACAUUGUUCAAUGAUUAAUUAUAUUUAUACGGAGGAAUAGGAGGAGAUGGAGUUAGAAAUCAAAUGCUCAAAUAUGAUAUAAGUAAAAUUAAAUAAUUAUUUACAGAAUUCCAGAUAUGGCAAGUAGUAUAAGGAAAUGGAGAUCAUCCUAAAUAAGGAAGAGCAGGUUUAUCAGUGGUUCAAUAUAAAAAUAAAUUUAUCUACUUUGGUGGAUGUGGAUAAUUCAAUCCUAAACUAAAACUAAGAGAAUGCACUAAUUCUAUUUAUGAAUACACUGUAAGUACUAUGACUUGGGAAAAGAUUCAUCCUUAAGGAGAUUAUAUAGAACCUAGAAGAUAACAUAGAGCAUGUUUAGUUGGUCCAAAAUGGAUGCUUGUAUAUGGAGGAAUUAAUUCAAAUGAAGAAGUUCUAUCAGAUACUGCUGUUUACAAUAUGGAAAAGUAGGUGUGGAAAUUAUUUAAAGUCAAAUCUCCUCCUGUAAGUUGUCAUGCCAUAGUUAAUAUUUCAUCUCAAGGCAAAUUCCAAGAAACCAUGACUACUGAUAUAAUGCCAUCAGAUAACAUAUAUUCUUUUGGAGGUAAAGAUGUUGAAGGGAAUUCUGUUAAUUAUAUGCGUAAACUAACAUAUUGUUCCUCUAAUAAUACUCCUCUUUCAUGGGAUAUUGUGGAGACUAUUGGUAAAGGACCUCAUCCUAUGCACAAUCACACUAUUGAAUAUCUAAGAAAAGUUUAAGGUAUAGCUGUCAUAGGUGGAUUAAGAGAUUUUAUUGUAAAUGGUACUUUAGAAUCAGAUGAAUAUUAUAUCUUUUAUCCUAAUUUGAAUAUUUGGUAAUAAGUUAUUGCUGAAGGGCUCAAGAUUCCUCGUUGUGCUCAUUCAACUGUUUUGUUAAGUUCUAAAAUUGCAGUCUUUGGUGGGAUAGGAAGUGAAAGAUAUCUAGAACCUGAUGUUGGAUUCAUUGAAACAGAUUAAUAAUAGGUGUUAUCUCGAGUAACUAAAGAUAGGAUUAUGUACAAUAAUACACCUAAUCUUGAAGAACCAUCAAAAUUGGAAUUUUAAUUAAGAAAAAAAAGAUCAAUGUUUUAUGAAGAAUCUGAUGUUUCAGAUGGAUAUAAACCAUUUAAAAUAACUCUUCGAAAAACUACUUAAGCAAGAAGAUCAUAUCUUCCAAAUCCAUAAAGAAAAAAAGUAUUAAUGCGAUAUGAUAUAAUGAUUGGAUUUGUAAAAAAAGUUAUUCAUGAUAAUCUGCACAUACUCUAAAAUUUUGAAAAAUAUUUAGAAAGAAAAAUAAUCUGA